AUGGCCACUUCUGGUAAGAUGCAAAGGCUGGAUCUACGACUGGAACCUGUCACGCCAUCCAGGCCGGUUCCGCUACGAGUGGAUCAGGCACAGGAAAAUGAACCACUGAAAUUCGAGCACUGUGCGCUCCAGCCAGUCGUCGGUGUGGAGCCACAAGAUACAGACUGGCCUGAAGAACUUGGUGGCGCAGAAAGCCUGCACGAAAUUGAAAGCAUGGCGGCCUCAAUCGGCGAAGUCGGAGCUGCCAAGGCGGACCAUGGGGGCACAACCAAGGACCAACAGCUUUCAACGGAGAUGGAGGCGACGCAUGUGCCGGGAACAAAGCGGCUGGGAGCUUGCGGUCCUGAAGAGCUCCACAACUUCGAGAACGAGAGCUCAGGAGUGACCGGAGUCAACGCAGAAGAGGGAGAAGCACUCCAACUCACCGCGUUUGGCUGA